CUUCACGGUUGCCAUCAUUUCAACCUGGGAAAAUGACCCUCGAACACGUCGUUGGCAUCGUCACGGGCGCCGCCCAGGGCCUCGGCCUCGCCUUCUCCAAGUCCAUCCUCGAGGGCGGCGGCCGCGUCUUCCUCACCGAUAUCAACCACACGGCGCUGGUCGAUGCGGCGCGGGCGCUCGAGACACAGUACUCGGCGGCGCGCGUCGGCUACGCAAUGCAGGACGUCACCAACGACGCGUCGUUCGAUGUAAUCUUUGACGCAGCCAACCAGCACUUUGGCGAAGACCAUCGCGUGAACCUGCUCGUCAACAACGCCGGUCUCAACGGCAAGUACUUUGACUUUUACGACGACAGCCGCGCGUGGCGCCAGCUCGUUGACGUCAACCUCAUCGCGGUCAUGCGUGGCACACAGGUGGCGCUGCGCCGCCUCGCCAAGCCCGGGAUCGUUGUCAACGUGGCGAGCGCCGCCGCGUUCAAGCCAACGCACGUCGUCCCCGAGUACGGCACAACCAAGUGCGCCGUCGUGCAUUUUACGCGCGCGGUGGCCACGCACACGAGCGACGUUCGCCUCGUCUCGCUCUGCCCCGCCUUUGUGGAUACGCCCAUGGUACAGGUCGUGCUGCAGCAUUCCGCGCAAAUGAUCGAGGCUUUUGGUGGCCUCAUGACCACUGAGUACGCGGCCGACGCCUUCAAGAAGGUCCUUCUCGACGAGACGAACGCGGGCAAAGCGAUGCUCGUGACAACGCAGUACGUCGGGUACCAUAGCGCCAAGCUCUAAGAUCUUAGAGAUCGAAACAACAAAACGACGUAGUAGCUACUCGGUCGCACCGGUUUUUUACGACAGA